GCCCCCCAGGCCUCCCCCUCCCGGGCCGCCGGCCGGGCCCCGCGCCCCCCCAUGCACCACCUGCUGGAGCAGCCCGCGGACAUGGCGACGGCGCUGCUGGCGGGAGAGAAGCUGCGGGAGCUCAUCCUGCCCGGAGCCCAGGACGACAAGGCGGGCGCGCUGGCCGCGCUGCUGCUGCAGCUCAAGCUGGAGCUGCCCUUCGACCGCGUGGUCACCAUCGGCACCGUGCUGGUGCCCAUCCUGCUCGUCACGCUCGUCUUCACCAAGAACUUCGCGGAGGAACCCAUCUACUGCUAUACCCCUCACAACUUCACCCGUGACCAGGCCCUCUAUGCACGUGGCUACUGUUGGACAGAGCUUAGGGACGCCCUGCCCGGGGUGGACUCCAGCCACUGGCCCUCCCUCUUCGAGCACAAGUUCCUGCCCUAUGCCCUGCUGGCCUUUGCCGGCAUCAUGUACGUCCCCGCCCUGGGCUGGGAGUUCCUGGCCUCCACCCGCCUCACCUCCGAGCUCAACUUCCUUCUCCAGGAGAUUGACAAUUGCUACCAUCGGGCUGCGGAGGGCCGGGCCCCCAAGAUCGAGAAGCAGAUCCAGUCCAAGGGCCCCGGCAUCACGGAGAGGGAGAAGCGGGAGAUCAUCGAGAACGCCGAAAAGGAGAAGAGCCCCGAGCAGAACCUGUUCGAGAAGUACCUGGAGCGCCGGGGCCGCAGCAACUUUCUGGCCAAGCUCUACCUCGCCCGGCACGUGCUCAUCCUCCUCCUGAGCGUCGUCCCCAUCAGCUACCUGUGCACCUACUACGCCACGCAGAAGCAGAACGAGUUCACGUGCGCGCUGGGCGAGCCUCCCGACGGCCCCCGGGGCUCGGUGCGCGUCAGCUGCAAGCUGCCCUCGGUGCAGCUGCAGAGGAUCAUCGCCGGCGUGGACAUCGUCCUGCUCUGCUUCAUGAACCUCAUCAUCCUCGUCAACCUCAUCCACCUCUUCAUCUUCCGAAAGAGCAACUUCAUCUUCGACAAGCUGCACAAGGUGGGCAUCCGGACCCGCCGCCAGUGGCGCCGCUCCCAGUUCUGCGACAUCAACAUCCUGGCCAUGUUCUGCAACGAGAACCGGGACCACAUCAAGUCGCUCAACCGGCUCGACUUCAUCACCAACGAGAGCGACCUCAUGUACGACAACGUGGUGCGACAGCUGCUGGCCGCCCUGGCCCAGUCCAACCACGACGCCACCCCCACGGUCCGAGACUCGGGCAUUCAGACGGUGGACCCCAGCGCCAACCCCGCCGAAGGCGACUCGGGGGAGCCCCCCGUCGUCAAGCGCCCCCGCAAAAAGAUGAAGUGGAUCCCCACCAGCAACCCCCUGCCCCAGCCCUUCAAGGAGCAGCUGGCCAUCAUGAAGGUGGAGAACCACAAGGCGGACAAACCCAAACCGGUGAGGAGGAAGACGGCCACGGACACGCUCAUCGCGCCGCUGCUGGAUGCCCGAGCCGCCCAUCACAAAGGGGCCGGGGCCGGAGACUCCGGCCCCUCCUCCGCGCCCCCGUCCGCCGGCGGCGAGAAGAAACACGCCAGACAUUUCUCCCUGGACGUUCAGCCCUACAUCCUCAGCAGCAAGAAGCCUAAACCUGAGCUGCCGCCCAUUGCCGCCCUGCCCGCCUCCAAGAGCCAAGAGGGUGCCUUCCUCACCCAGGGGGAGGACUGCAGAGGGACCCGCAUGGCGCCUGCCAAAGAUCCCCCAGGCCCAGAAAAAGAAAUCCUGUACCCAGUGGAACCGGGCCGGGCCAUGGCACCCCCUCCGGGAUCCUUCCAUAGCUGCCCACCUACCACAGCUACCGGGGUCCCGGGGCCCCCAACCGGUAUCACCCCCGGCCUUGGGAAGCCUGAACCUAUAGCUGUCUUGAGCCACAACGCCACCCACCCCCUGCUGCACAUCAAUACUUUGUAUGAGGACCACCGGGCGGAGGAGGAGGAGGAGGCCCCGCCACGAGCCUCCCCUGACAUGGCCGACCUCAUCGCCAUCCCCCCCCCAAAGCAGAUUCUCAUUGCCACCUUUGAGGAGCCCCGGACAGUUGUGAGUACUGUGGAGUUUUAGGGAGAGGCGGCAAGUUCCCCCAGUACUCACAGCCACCCCCCUCCAGCCCCGGUCGUCGUCAGGACCUGCCCCCAGUUCCCCGACCUGACAGGAAACCGGCCACUGCAUGCCCUCGCCGAGAUCCCCCGAAGCGCCAGCCCAAGCACGAGUCUCCCAUAGACCCACUGCCAGUGCCCAGGGGCAGCUAGGGAUCCCCACUCCCCCCCACAUCCUCGGCCACCCUGCUUAGCUUCUGCUGCCCUGGCCCCCGACCUCUGGCGUCUGGGAGCUAGGGGCGGCCUGUCCGCAGCCACUGUGGUUCUCACCAUGCACUUUAGCCAAGAUCCCCCCCCCCCCCGUCGUGGCCAGUCCCACCCAGAGCCACCCCGGGCCUUGCCUGAGCCGCCCGGCCGGCCUGCGCUUCCCCCAGAGUCUCCGAGACCUGGCCCGGCCCAGCCACCAUCGCCCGUGCUUCCUGCAGACCGCCGAGACUCGCGGCCCAGCCGAGGAGGGCUCCCCGCGGCCUCACGGACACCAGAUAUGCAAUACAGUUCCGGGGCCGGCUCCCCCGGGCGGGAGGGGAGGGGAAGGACUGCCGGGGCAGGGCUCAGGAUGGGCCCUGUCCUCAGGCGGGGGGACGAGGCCUCCCCCGGCCCUGCGAGGAGCAAUGUGUGGCCCUGCAGAGGCCAGAUGAAGAGUUUAUUUUUUUAAUCUAUUUUGUCAUUAACCUAGGGUGCUGGGGUGUUUAUUCCGAGGAUGGACGUCUCCUCCCUGGGUGCGGAAGGGUGGAAGGGAAUCCAUUUGGGGAGUGAAUGGGGGGAUCCGGAAGGGUGGGAACGCUCAGAAGGUUUCCUGAGCUUCCUGGCCCAGGAUGGCCUCCGGCCCCCACCAGCUGCCCUCAGCCUGGGGCUUCCCCACAUGGUGCAGUGUUCUGCCCCAAUCCCUCCCUCUCAGGAAGGUUCCGUCUUCCUCCCAACUCCAUCACCUUGGAGCCCCGGCCUCCUCCAGGGCCCGGUCUGUCCAGGGUGAUGUUCCCACCCCCUUCCAAGCUCAGACCCACUCCCCCCCAGCCUUUUCCCCCAGAGCUCCGGGCUCAGCGUCCCGCUGGGGCUGACCCCACCCCAGCACCCCAGGCCGUGUCCCACCCAGGCCGGCGCCCCCUCCCCACCCCCAGAGCCCCCCAGCUCAGUGUCUCUCUUGGGAGUGCUCCCCCUCCAACACCCCCGGGGGUCCUCUCCGCCCUCUCAAUUGCACUUUCUCUUUGUCACUCAACAUCCAUGUGUUUCAUUCUGUUAUGAAUGCUGUAAUCAUUGAUCAUUCGGGGUUGGAAACUCGGAGCCGAGUUUUCACCAGACCAGAGGGAGGAGGAAGAGGAGGAGGAAGGGCACAGAGAAUGUACAAACCGUAUCUUGCAAUAACAGCCCGUCCCGAGCCCCACGGCCCCGAGCCCUGCCAGGCCCCCUCUGCGGGCGCUCGCGGGCGGGACGGGCCAGGGCUGGGGGGAGGGGGGCUGCCCUGGAGGGGGAACGAAGGCUCGCCUGGCUCUCGCAUCUAUUACCUCAGACACGACGACGGA